CUCCACAAAGAUAGCUCACCGUCUUCUGUUGCUCCUUUCUUGUUUUUUUAUUAUUUAUUUUGAUAAAUACAGUUGGGGGAAAUUUCUUUUAUUAAUAAAUUUCUGUCUCAUCUCUCUGCUUACUCUCUCCACUCCCACUCUCUCUCUCUCUCUAUUCUCGCUGUUCGUCUGUUCGGAAUUUUCGUUUCUCUCUGAGAUCUUCCCUUCUACUUCAUCUCUAGUAGGAUUUUUUGGAAAGUAGUUUGACUACAGGAAACCAUGGCUGCAGUACUCGAAUCGGUUACAGUUCCUCGAUCAUCAAGGUUUACUGCGUCUCUGUAUUCAUCGACGAAGGCAUCGUCGGUUCUUGCUUUCUGUAGUGGACAGAGAUUUGUUUCUUUACCUGAAUUCAGAGGCUUGAAGUUCCACUCCAGUCCUUUGAGUCGUACAUCUCGUCCAUCUGCUUCAGUAAGCUCAAGGAACGCGGCGAAUUCUACCAGAGGAAGGCGGAUUGUCUCCGAGUCUCAGGAGACAGCUCUUGAUGUUCCAGCUGUGACUGAAGAAACAUGGAAGUCUCUUGUCCUCGACUCUGAUCUCCCUGUGCUGGUUGAGUUCUGGGCCUCAUGGUGUGGACCAUGCCGCAUGAUCCACCCAAUAAUUGGGGAACUAUCGAAGGAAUAUGCUGGAAAGAUGAAAUGCUAUAAAUUGAACACUGAUGACUGCCCUCCGGUGGCUACCCAAUAUGGCAUUCGAAGCAUUCCAACCAUCAUGAUCUUUAAGGAUGGUGAGAAGAAAGACACGGUUAUUGGUGCUGUGCCUAAAAGCACUCUGACUGCCAGCAUUGAGAAAUUCUUGUAGAGAAAGUAAGCUCACGAUUAAUGUCCUGUUUCUAGUAAUGUCUGAUGAGCUCUUUAAGCUUUUGAUGUGGCACGUUUGGAUAUAUGUACUGCCUGGUAAGUCUUUAGCAUGAUGUGUAUAGUUGGAGGCUGCAGUUAUCUUUGUUUUUAUCAUACAAAACAUGUCUCCUACAUACUUUAGACACAUUUUAGUCUCUCUUUCUGGAAAUUUGAUGUGGGUGAAAAA